AUGCCAACUUGUGAUGUGUGCCAACAGCCCGCAAACCAAAUCUGUGGUGGCUGCAAGCUUGUUUACUAUUGCUCCAGGCCUCACCAGAAACUAGGAUGGCGCGAAGGACACAAAUUUAAAUGCUGUGCCUUCAAAAUCGAAUACUCAGAUACCUUAGGGCGUCAUAUGAUAGCAACAAGAGAUAUUAAACAAGGCGAAAUGAUUCUAAAAGAAAAACCAGCGGUUAUAGGUCCAAGGAUUGCGUGCACGACUGUCUGUUUAUCGUGUGGGAAAUACUUGGAUCCGAAUCAAUUUCAAGAUAAUUUUGAUUAUUAUAAAUGUUCUAAGUGCAACUGGCCAAUGUGCGGACCAGAAUGUGAAAAUGCCGAGGUUCAUAAGCCAGAGUGUAAGGCCAUGACUGAAAGAAAGUAUAAAUGUGAUAUAAAAUAUAUAGGUUCCAAUAAAGUGCAAGCUGCUUACUGCGUGAUAUCGCCUAUGAGGGUUUUAUUAAUGCGCUAUUCAAACCCUCUUCAAUUUGAAAGCAUUAUGAAUCUCGAAUCUCAUUUAGAAGAUAGAGUAAAUACUUCCCUGUACACGGUUUUGAAAGCAAAUUUAGUGACUUUUAUAGUGCACGUUCUCGGAUUACCAUUCGACGAAGAAACUAUAUUGAAGGUUGCAUCUAUAUUUGACACAAACUCAUUUGAUGUGCGUUCACCAGAUGGAACAAAAAGAUUACGAGCUAUAUAUUUAACAGCUUCUAUGGUCGACCAUAGUUGCAAACCCAACACGAAGCAUGUUUUUUUGGGUGAUCAUUUUCAUUUAGCUCUGAUAGCAACAGUGCCCAUAACUAAAGGGGAUUUAAUUACGGCAACAUAUUGUCAAUCGCUUUGGGGAACAUUGGACAGGCGAAAGUAUUUGAUGACGAAUAAAUUUUUUGCAUGUGAAUGCGAUAGAUGCAAAGAUCCAACAGAAUUUGGCACAAAUCUCGGCAAUAUCUAUUGUUCCGUAUGUAACAAUCCAUUCAGUCAAACAAGUCAAUGGCGUGGUGCAAUGCUGCAUUCAACAAAUCCGAUGGAUGAAAAUGCACCUUGGAAAUGUGAGAAAUGUGAACAUACUAUAUUAGCCAAGCAAAUGUUUUGGGGUAAUAAUGCUUUAAAACAAGAUCUUUAUAAGCUUAACAAGACUGAUCCAAAGAAUUAUGAAGAUUUUAUUGAAAAGUAUAGUCAAACGUUACAUCCUAGCAACCAUUUGGUUGUACAGGCAAAAUUGGCAUUGGUACAAAUAUAUGGAAACCAGAAAGGAUAUGGUUUGACAGAACUACCUGAGAAUCUUCUUAAGAGAAAAAUUGACCUUUGCCAUGAAUUACUAGAGAUUGCUGAUAAAUUAGAACCAGGAAUGUCAAAAUUUAGAGGGGAGAUACUGCUGGAUCUCCAAGCUGCAAUGACGAUACAAACAAAGAGAGAGUUUGAAACAGGAAAAAUAACAAAGGCUGGGGCACAGGUACAAAAUAAAGAAUCCCUCAGUGCCCGGCAAAAGAGGGUAAUAAUCCCCGGGCGGGGCAUACGAUUAAACGACGACCAUGGCGAGUUAAAGGUUACGACUUGGAAUGUGAAAACUCUUUACAAAGAUGGAAAGCUGGAAAACGCAGUAAGGGAAAUGAGGAGGUACCGCUGGGACAUUCUUGGAGUGAGCGAAGUGAGAUGUAUCGAGUGCUGGGAUAUUCCAUCUUACGACAGCACACAUUUUUAUUAUUCCGGCGGACAGAAGCAUAGGUUUGGGUUUGGGUUCAUAGUGACGAGGGAAGUGAGAGAGUGCGUGACAGGAUAUGUUCCACGGUCCGAUAGAGUAAUGUUGCUACAGCUAAACACCAAGCCUAUAAAAACCAACCUUAUCCAGGUAUACGCACCUACUUCUGAAAGCACUGAAGCUGAGUGUGAAAACUUCUACAAAGACUUGGAUGCGGUACUGAAAUUGGUAAAAAAGCAUGAGCUUAUAAUGGUUAUGGGGGACUUUAAUGCCAAAGUUGGGGAUACUCCGGAACACAACAUUGUUGCCCCGCAUGGACUCGGAACCAGGAAUGAUAGGGGCGACCGACUCAUAGAGUUCUGUACGGAGUACUCUCUGACUAUUAUGAACACUUGGUUUGACCUACCGAAAAGGCGGCUUUAUACGUGGCAGUCUCCAGCCCACACAUGUGACAAGAUUGUAAGGAACCAAAUUGAUUAUAUCUGUGCCAACUACAGAUACCGCAACGCAGUAACUAGUGUUAAAACGUACCCGGGUGCAGACAUAGAGUCAGACCACAAUCCUGUAGCAAGUAAGAUAAGGCUGAAACCUAAACGCGUACAAAAAGCAAAGCCUAACAAAGUUUUGAAUGUCCAGAGAUUCAAAGACGAGGAAGUUGUACAACACUUUUUGGAAAAAACUGACGAAAUUAUUAAGAUGGAUAUAACAUUAAGUGAGGAAUCGCAUUGGGGAAAUAUUAAAACAGCUCUUACAAAAGCGGCAACGGAAGUACUUGGGUACAGGGUUGAGUUAAUGGAAAGUUUGGUGCUGUUACAAGAAGCAACAAAUAUACUGAGAGUGGAGCCACACAUUAAUGAUAUCUUAGAAGGAAAAAUACAGGAAUUGACCAGCCUUCUAGACGCAACGGAACCCGAAAAUAAAUAG